AUGGAACAUUCCGAGAGAUCCUUUCGGGCAAUAAUCGUCGGAUCUGGUAUUACUGGACUAUCGAUGGCCCACGCUCUGGAAUGCGCCGGUAUUGAUUACAUUGUGCUGGAAAAGAAUAAUCAGGCUGUACCUCACGCGGGAGCAGCAUUUAUACUAUGGCCACAUAUCACACGUAUACUGGACCAAUUCGGGUGUCUUGACAAGUUCCGGGAAGUCUCGCAACCGCUACGAUGUGAGAAUCGAAGGGGCCCAAAUGGAAAGCUUAUUGUCCAAACAAAAUUGUCCAGCUACCUUGAGAGAAGGAAAGGAUUCAGUUUCGGAUAUCCAACACUUUCACUUGAUCGCAGAGCGGUGCUAGAUGUUCUUUACACAACCCUUCCGAAUCAGUCUCGUGUGAUGACGGGAAAACGCGUCGCGUCAAUGCAACACACACAGGAUGGGGUCGAAGUUGUCUUAACAGACGGCAGCAGAGAAAAAGGAGAUAUUAUCAUUGGAGCGGACGGUGUUUACAGUACUUGCAGGGAAUACCUUUGGAAUCAUGCAAAUACUCGUUCACUGGGUACAAUUACUAUCACUGAAAAGAAGGCGUUCCGGAUGUCAUACAAAUGCCUUGUUGGCGUUUCAUCUCCGUUGCCUGAUUUGAAGCCGUAUGAGCCGCAUGUGUGCCAUAAUAAAGGGUUCACGAUACUAGCCUACCCACUAUGUGAUAAAAUAUGCUGGGGGGUCUCCAUUCGAACAGACCAAGAGUAUCCCUGGCCAACAAAGGUUAGGUAUAAUUCACAAGAUAUUGACACAACUGCAGCAUCUCUUAUGUCAUCUGCAGUUACAGAAACCCUCCUAUUUGGCGAACUCUGGCAUGCGAGAAUCCAGGCAACCUUGGUUCCCCUACAGGAGGGAAUCAUGGAGCAUUGGAGCUCUGGUCGUAUUGUACUAGUCGGGGAUUCUGCACACAAGAUGACCCCAGAUGCAGGACUUGGAGGCGGUUGCGGCAUUGAGGACGCUAUCGUUCUCACAAAUCUCCUCAAGGAUGAAAUGGAGAAGAAAGGCGUAGUACAACUUGAUGAAACCCAGAUAGAAAAUUGCUUUCUUGCCUAUGAAGAUCAGCGGAAAGAUCGAGUGAAGAUCCUGCUAAAGCUAUCAGGUCGCUGCACUCGUCAAAGAUCAUCCGGUUCCCUCGUACAGUUGCUUAUAGGGCAGCUUCUACUACCGCUUCGUCAAAAAUUCAUGUGGCAAGCAAUGAGUGAAAUUGUUGCCGCGGGACCGUCGCUCACAGUUUCUCCCUGUAACGGGGCAAGGUCGGGGCGUUCAAGCAAUCGUAGCCUGGGAUAUAUGGGGACCCGGCAAUCUAAGAAGGAAAGGACCAAUGCACUUAACCUCCUACUUGCAGUUCCAGUGCUCUUGGUAUUCACACUCAUUUUCAUGUUGUCCUACUAUUAUUGA